GAAAACACGAUGUCACGAUGGCAAUUUUGCUUUGGCUGGUUGGUUGAUUGUUCAUCGAGACGCGUUUCAUGACUGAUGUGCUUGCCGCGAGAUAAACUGGAGCAAACCGUUAAGAAAGGUAUUUGCGGAUGUUGUUGGGAAUCGCAAUGGUGAUGUAUGUCGAUACCGACAUAAUGAAGGAAACAGGAAUGAUUAUUACGUUGGCGUGGCGGGUAAUCAUGUAAGAACCGUAAGAGGAAUCAUGUAUCGACAUUCCAGGAUAGUUGCCAAGCAGGAAAUAUUCCUAAAAGGGGAUUAGAAGACGUCGACGAUGGAAACAGAUCUGUUCAACGUUUUCAGCGAUCUUGGAAACUUUUCCUUCCAUUUGCGAUGGAAAUAUUUUCGUACGAACGAAUGUAAUUAAAUGUUCAGUAUGCACGAUAAUAGAUUGUGCACCGACGAGUUGAUAAGAAAGAAGAGUAAAACAAAUUUACAAUACAUUUAAUUUUGCGUAAUGUUGAUCUCAUUACUGGCAUGCUUUAAAAAGCUAAACGAAAGAAGGAAGGGAGGAAGUCGAAGAGCUAGAUUUGAGAAUCGAGUUAUCUCGGGUUAUUCAUUCAACCACGAAGGAGGUAGCUCUCGUUAUCCGAUUAUGCGAUUUACUUUUACGAGCGUACCUACGUACUACGUGGACGUAGCGUAACGGGGGUAAGGGAGAGGGAUAUAUGGCAUGGAGGCAAGUGGAUAAUGAUAGCGUUGGAUAUGGUUGGUCUAUCAGUUACUCGGUGAACCGAGUCACGAGUACCGUCGUGACAAAUAACUGACCUUCCCUAAUCGGUUCUCGUAUAAGCAAAAAGGCUCGUUGAAACUUUCAAUGAAAAUCUUUCAGACUUAAAGGCCAGAAGCUAAUAUCUGCAUUGGUGUCGAUGGAAAGAAAAAAACAGCUUGCAACUUUUUGUUCAACGUAGCUUUUAUUUCAAACUCCAGGUAUUUUCCCCUAGGUAAACAGGUUAUCAUUAUUAUUAUUCAUUUAUUAUCAAUUUUACUGCCACGUCACUCAUAUGUGGAUGACAGAACUAAAACAAUUCAUUCUCGGGUUGAAAUGUUAAAGAAAAUCAGUUUUAAUAGGCUUCAUGAAUUUUAAUGAGGUUACGAAAGCAACUACUAGGACAACUUUUAAGUUUUGUAGUUUACGCUUGACUAAAAUCAAAGUGUUGGUCUCGUAAACAAUUUUAGGAUUUUGGACUGGCAGUCAAAGUGUUAACAGGAUUAAAUCCUUUAGCACAAACAUUAUCGCUUAGUGAAUUUAACAAAAAUAAAUUUAUGUUGCAAGGAUACAGAGUUUCUGAUGAUCGUUCAAUUAAAUCUGUUUCAGCGUGUGCAAAAUUUGCAUUACUAAUCAUUCCAUUUACACUGUUCUGAGAUCCAAACGUUUUGCGGUGACUAAAAUAGAAAUCUCUUAAAUAUCUACAUGGUACAUACGAAGGAAACAAUUGUGUAAUCGUUGAACACUAAGAUCUUUGAUUAGCUUGCUUGUAAACAUAAUAUCUGCGAUUAUGUUUGUAAGUAAGCUAACGUUAUGAUAAUUUUGUUACCAUCAGCUCCCAAUGUGAAUGAAAUUAACGUUAAUUAAAAAAUAGGGCAAUUUGAACAAAUAGAGGACUCUUUGGACUCGACAAAGGAGUUCUUAAGAUGAGAACUGAUGUCACACUCUACAUAGGAAUUUAAACGGAGGAACAAACAAAUUGAAUUAAGUAUCUGUUUUAUUUACGCUAUUGUAUUUUAUAACUUUCAAGUGUAUAUCUCUUUGGACUUUACAAAGGAGCUCCUGAGAUAAAAACUGAUAUCAAGUCGCACUCGGCAUAGGAAUUUAAACAGAGGAACAAAUUCAACUAUCUGUUUCAUUUACACUAUUGUAUUUUUGCAACUUUCAAGUGUAUAUCUCUUUGGACUCAUGAGCUCCUGAGAUAAAAACUGAUGUCACUAAAGGUUAAGCGGAACAAGUCUGUACCAUUAAAAAUUUAUCAAUGGUGUUGUUAAAUUAGCAAACAUUUUAGGGUCGACAAGUUUCAAAAUAAUUACUGUUGCAACACACGAUGAAUGUAGCUUGCGAAAUCGGGUGUUGGGAGCUCUGACAUGUUGCAACACGUUUCCCGUCCCGUCUCAUUUUCUCGCGAUGGCUAUUAAUUCGAGAAAGAAAAAAACAACGAUGAUAAGAGACGGACGGUGCAGAUACACCGUUAAUACCGAGCGUCUCGUGACCGAUGGAACGAGAAAUAAAACACGCUGGGAUGUGUUAAUAUCGCCGUAAGCUGAUCCGGUUGCUUCUUUUAGAUACCAGAAACGUCGAUUUUGUAAUUAAAAAAUUACGUUUAUCGGCUGUAGAGAAAUUGUCGACAUCAUUGUCCACGGCGUAGCGUACUGAUUAUGACAAUGGUGCAUUAGAUCAGUGGUUCCCCCUGGGAUGAAAGAUUCCUGGGCCCUAGUAGGUAAAACAAAGUUGUACAAGCUGUUUUUCUUCUUUUUUUUUUCAAUUGUUUUCUAUUCAAAAUGACCACGUGCUUUGUUUGAUAGAUGAUCCCUGGUCGGUUGUAAUAAAUGACGGUGUUUUGUUCCGUAAGAGUACACCGGAAUGAACUGUAACCUAAUCUUGGUCUUAUGUGGGUGGGACACGUCCUGAGGGAUCGAAUUAUACGCAGGGAAUUUUCAAUUCGCCCCUAUCGAGAGCCACUCGAGAAGAAAUUUGAUGUCUUUUCUAGUGAAAUCGAGAAAUGGCGUCGGAUCCACCUUUAUUCGGCGUGUUUGUCGUACACGAUACUUUGGACGAUUUUUCUAUGACGUUUGAUCCACGUUUUGUUUGUUCGAAUAUUGUACGGUUUUGGUCUGGCAGUGAGUGUGUUAAUUGGUCGAGUGUUUGGAAUGUAAACGUUGGAAUAGUUUGAAUUCCCAUCGAUGUAACGAUCGAUCCUGGGGACGCGUUGGCGUUCUGUUGUCAGCGGGACGGGAAACGAGGAUCGGGAUCGAAAGGAUGUAAGGUUACGGAAGGCGAUAGGACAACCGACAGCCGGCCGGGCGAUGGGACAGGAAGUUGCGCGUCGGUCCUUGGCAGUCGCGCGCAAACCGUCGACGCGUACGGAAGGUUCUUGCGUCGAGCGUUCCUCGGUUUAUCGGUUAUUCGAAAACUAUCGUUCGCUAACAAGCGAUCGCCGUGAUCUAUUUACGCGAGUUCCGAGGACAUUAUUCUCGCCGCCUUUAAGCAACCUUCGACGAUUGUUGAUGGUUCGCGCAUGAUAUGACCCAGUCCCGCGAGGUUUUGGCAAUGAUGGACGCCCACACGACAACGUUCGGCCGGAAGCGGGGAUGCACGGUAUCGCCUUACGGCGGUUUCCUCCUGGGCGCAGCGGUCCUGAUAUCCCUGGUAGUAACGGGACUCUUGGUCUAUCAUUUCGCGCCAUGCCUCGAGGAGGAGCUCGUCAAGUCAUGCAACGAUCACAGGAAUUCCGAUUUCGAAUCCCGCGACGCCUCCUCCCCGGACUUGUUCCCCAAGAAGAAACUGGACGUCAGGCUGCCCAGAUCCGUCGUGCCCGACUCGUACGAGCUCAGGUUGACACCCUUUAUAUGGGAGGGAAACUUCACUUUCAAUGGCGAGGUCAAGAUACUAAUAAACGUAACCGAGGACACGAGUAAUGUAACGUUGCACGCGGUCAGCAUGGACAUCGAUGAAAGUUUCACGAACAUCAAGGAGUAUUCAGCUACGAGCAACAAGACCAGAGCAAUUGGAAUCGUGGAGCAGAAAAACGACACUGAACGGCAGUUUCACGUGAUUAAAAUGUCGGACACGUUGGAGGGGGGCAAACAAUACGUGGUGCAUCUAAAGUUUGUUGGCUAUCUGAACAACUAUCUCCAAGGGUUCUAUAGAAGCUCGUACACGGUUGGCAAUCAGACGAGAUGGAUCGCCGCGACGCAAUUCCAAGCGACGGACGCUCGACGUGCUUUUCCCUGCUUCGACGAGCCAGCCCUGAAAGCCAGGUUCCAAAUCAGCAUCGCACGACCCAGGAAUAUGACAUCCAUCUCGAAUAUGCCUACGAAGGGGGAGCCUAUGCCAGUGCCUGGUUUACCUUCCUACGUCUGGGAUCACUAUGAACGCUCUGUGCCAAUGUCCACGUAUCUGGUAGCCUUCAUAGUUUCGGAUUUCGCCAUGUUGAAAUCGGAAUCUGGGAACUUCAGAGUCUGGACACGUAGCGAGGCGAUCGACCAAGCACGCUAUUGUUUGAAGAUCGGUCCAAAGAUUCUCGAGUACUAUGAACAAUACUUCAAGAUUAAAUUCCCCCUGCCCAAGAUUGACAACGUUGCUCUGCCUGAUUUCUCAGCGGGUGCCAUGGAAAACUGGGGCUUAAUCACUUACAGGGAGACCGGUAUGUUGUAUCAAGAGAAUGUUUCGACCAGCAGCAACCAGCAACGUGUAGCCACGGUGGUGGCCCACGAGUUUGCCCACCAGUGGUUUGGAAAUCUGGUCACCCCGAGCUGGUGGACAGAUUUGUGGUUGAACGAAGGCUUUGCCAGCUACGUAGAAUACAUUGGUAUGAACCAAGUGGAGCCAACGUGGAAGGUUUUGGAACAGUUUGUGGUCCACGAUUUGCAAUCCGUCCUCGCAUUGGACGCGUUGGAAUCUUCGCACCCGAUAUCGAUCGAGGUUGGCCAUCCGGACGAGAUCAACGAGAUCUUCGACAGAAUCUCCUACGAAAAAGGUGCUUCGAUAAUAAGAAUGAUGGACCAUUUCCUUACCACCGACGUCUUCAAACAGGGUUUAACAAACUAUCUAAAUGGAAAGGCAUAUCAGAGCGCCGAACAGAAUGAUUUGUGGGAUGCUCUGACGAAACAAGCGCACAAGGACAAAGUGUUGGAUCCCGCGGUCACGAUUAAGGAGAUCAUGGACACCUGGACGCUUCAGACUGGUUUCCCAGUAGUGACGGUCACUAGAAAUUACGAGGACGGCUCCGCGAUGUUAAUGCAGGAUCGUUUUCUACUUCGCAACGCCACUACGAAAACCACGUACGAAACCGAGCCAUUGUGGUGGAUACCGAUCACCUACACCACUCAGAGCCAGUUGGGUUUCGAUAAAACUCAGCCUUCCGAGUGGAUGAAGGCUACCAAGUCGAUCACGCUACCGAAUCUCAAUCUAAACUCUACCGAGUGGGUGAUAUUCAACGUUCAGGAAACUGGAUUCUAUAGAGUCAACUACGACAGAUCGAAUUGGCAAAUGAUAAUCCAUCAGCUGAACGAGAACUCGUUCAAGGAUAUAUCUACGAUCAGUCGGGCUCAAUUGAUCGACGACGCGUUGAAUUUAGCGAGAGCUAGAAGACUGGAUUAUGGCACCGCGUUGGACGUCACCUCGUACUUGGCCCAUGAAACCGAAUACCUACCUUGGAAGGCUGCUUUCACUGCCAUGCACUAUCUGGACGACAUGUUGAUCAAGAUGCCAGGUUACGAUAAGUUCCGAGUGUACGUUCUGAAGCUUCUGGACAACGUCUACAAGCAGGUUGGCUUCAAGGAUAACCCCGGCGAUCCUCAGUUGACAGUCUUCACUCGAAUCGACGUGCUGACCUGGGCGUGCAGCUUCGGUCACGAGGACUGCGUGCAGAACGCCAUGAUGCAGUUCCACAAUUGGCAGAACGCGUCGAAUCCGAACAAACAUAAUCCAAUUUCACCGAAUUUGAAGACCGUCGUUUAUUGCACGGCCAUCAGAGUGGGUGGGCAAGCUGAAUGGGAGUUUGCUUGGCAAAGAUACCUCGAAACGAACGUUGGCUCAGAAAAAGAUCUGCUCUUGAACGCUCUGGGUUGCACCAGAGACAUGUGGCUUCUGAGCCAAUAUUUGGACUGGACGAUCACCGAGAAUUCCGGGAUCAGGAAGCAAGAUGUGUCUCGUGUAUUCAGCUCCGUCGCCAACAACAACAUUGGCCAUUCCCUGACAUUCAGCUUCUUCCGGAACAAAUGGUACCGUCUUCGGGAAUAUUUCGGAUCGUCUUUGUUGACCAUCAACAGCAUAGUGAAAUCAGCAACCAGAGGCAUAAACACUAAAUACGAGCUGAAAGAUCUGCUGGACUUCACGACGGAGCACAAGCACGAACUGAGCAGCGCAACGAGAACGGUCCACCAAGCUAUCGAACAGUCCGAAGCCAACAUACGAUGGGUAAACACCAAUCACGUUACGAUUUACGAUUGGUUGAAAAGACACACCGCGUAAUGAGAGAAAGGUAUUUGUGAUGAAUUUCCGACGUUUUGAUGAACGGGUAUUCAUAUUUCGAGACCGUGAGUCCCGUGGCUGCGCUGUUGUGGCAAAUGUUCGCAAAACGCAGACAGACGACGACGGUGGUUUUUUCAGAUUUACAAACGUGUGUCGAGUGUUUUUGUAAGUUUUUUUGUAAAUAUACGUCGAACGAUAUAUGUACAAUUAAGUAUUUAGAUGUUUAGGCGAUAGGUUUGGUCGAUUCCCGCCCACGUACAUAACAAUAUUAAAAUCCUCCAUACCUCGAGUGUCAUGAUCGAGCCACCUGAUUAAGGAACCGAUUGACUCCGCCAAAUGGAAACUAGGAAAUUGUUAUUUUUUUAAUUUAAACGAAUUUUACAAGGUUGUUUAUUAGGCAACGUAGCUUUCAUAUCGCAGACUAUUGAAAAUAUAAUAAUUAUCGCGGAGUGGCACGAGAGCAAAGUGUAACUUGGAUCAAUCCUUUUUUAAAAUUCACAGUCGACCUCCAACCGCCCGGCCAUUUUUAAUUGAUACCUUAAACUUCCGAUCUUCCCCGUUUAAUUCUCAUAGGUAGUUUUAAAUUGUUAUUUAUGAAUUUUUGAGAUCGGUUUUUUGGCACUAUGCCCACCAGGUUGAUUAAUAAAUUAUAAACGCUGUGUCGACAGUUGGAAAUUACUACAAAUAAUUAUGUGUUCGAUCAGUAGGAUGUGUAAUGGAAGUUUUACAUUCAGUAUUAAUCAAAGGACUUCCGAAAUUAACGUUCACGGCGCACAAGAUAAGAUAACGAUGAAUUUGUUUAUAAUUAAUGAUCGUUUCUAGGCGGCGAGCGCGCCGAAACGUGAACAAACAGAUCUUAACUGUUACUGUUCGUGAAACGAGAUUGUUGUUAUAUGAAAAUAUAAGUGUGUAUUUGUGAAACAGAAAAAAAAAAUGAUCUACCGUUGUAACAAGUAUAAUUAUUGUAUAUUU